UUAAACGCAACAUGAAUCGUUGCUAACUUAAAUAGCCAGGAAAAGGAGGAAAUAUUAUUUUGAACCUAUAUCUUAAAUUUUUGUCGUCUUCUUUAUAUUAGCUUGUUUUUUUUUACACAGUCUUGGGGCUAAAGAAAAACCGAAUCAGAUGCGACAGAGAAGAAAAGUUAGAGGAUAUUAGAAUUCCUCCAUUAAAACGAAUACGAUAGUUAUCUUGACAUCACUGUUGCAGCUUGGAAACAGAAAGGGGUUUUUUGUGUCAGAGGCUCGAGACAGCUGAAGUUUCGGUAGUAACUCGACUACACACGGACACGCCUCUCACCGGGGUUCUGUCCAAUCCCAUCGCUAUUAGUUCUGCAACCGACCAAUCAUCGCAGCUAUGUAAAUCGCCUCCUGAAUACUGCUGUCUCGGGACUGUUUUAAUGUGAAGCUGCCAGAUUUAUCUGUCAGACGCAGCGCAGUAGAGUUCAGAUGAAGAGUCAGUAGAGUCCGAGAAAGCUCCAGCACAGCUUGGCUGCUCGAUACUUUUUUUGCAAGACGGAUUGAGUUUAAUGUACAAUAUGACAUUUGAGGAACUAAGUGGGGAUUAUUCUCAAGAAAGAAUGGAUACGGUGGCGAAAGCCUUGGAGGAAGUCCUCACCUCUGCCUUGCCACAGGGCUGUAUUACGGUUGGCGUCUACGAAGCAGCCAAGUCCCUCAACAUAGACCCUGACAAUGUGGUGCUGUGCAUCCUAGCCACUGAUGAGGACGACGUUAAAGACGUGGCCCUGCAGAUCCACUUCACGCUCAUUCAGGCUUUCUGCUGCGAGAACGACAUCAACAUCCUGAGGGUCAACAACACCCACCGGCUGGCAGAGAUCCUGGGGGGAGGCGGAGGGAAGCAGAGCAGCGGGGAGCCCAUGGACCUGCACUGCGUCCUGGUCACUAGCCCUCACUCCACAUCAUGGAAGGACCCCGCCUUGAGCAAGCUGAACCGGUUCUGCAGAGAGAGCCGCUGCAUGGACCAGUGGGUUCCCAUCAUCAACCUGCCCGAGCGAUGAGCCCCCCCGGACCGCCUUGCAGCGAGGAGACCCUGUCCAGAGCCAAAUCAUUUCUGCACAGGAGGCAUGCUUUAAACCCCACCUGACACCAUGCUCCCACCAGAGAACCAGGUCUGCUGCAACGCUGGUUGCAGAGAGCACCAAAAAAAAAAAAAAUCAAAACAAAAAAAAACAAGAAAGAGAAAAAAAACAUGCUGUCAGUGUGGGAUGUGUUCAAAACCAAAAUAAAAAAAAAGCGUGGGGUCGGAAUUUCCACUUCGAACUGGGUUUGUUUGGAGUUAACGUCCGCGGGCCGCGGCGAGCGAGAGGAGGCGGCGGACUCUAUUCGUCUGGAGGUGGAAGUGUUACGAAGCGUGUGUGCUUUUCAGUGUGACGCCCCGCAGCCGAACACAAGGACUGUACGCUGUUUGUUUGGCAACGUCUCCGUGGCGAUGGGGAGGACCGGGGCAGCGACCCCGGAGCACAGAGCUGCUGAGCCGCUGAGCGGACCCAGGCCUCAGGCUCUCUGCAGAAAUAAAGCACUUGUUGAAACACUAGA